AUGGAGUCUCCUGCCCCGAGCCAGCCUGGAAGCGCGCCCCAGUCCAAAGGAAAAUCUAAGAAGAAGAAGGAUUUACGGAUAUUCUGUGUGCCCAAGCCCCCAGCGGUCAACACCACGCCCCCCCGGAACCUAGAUUCCCGGACCUUCAUCACCAUAGGAGAACGGAACUUUGAGGUGGAAGCUGAUGACCUGGUGACCAUCUCGGAGCUGGGCCGAGGAGCCUAUGGCGUAGUGGAGAAGGUUCGACAUGCCCAGAGUGGCACCAUCAUGGCUGUGAAACGGAUCCGAGCCACCGUGAAUUCACAGGAGCAGAAGCGGCUGCUCAUGGACUUGGACAUCAACAUGCGGACGGUCGACUGCUUCUACACUGUCACUUUCUAUGGGGCCCUUUUCAGAGAGGGCGAUGUGUGGAUCUGCAUGGAGCUCAUGGACACCUCUCUGGAUAAGUUCUACCGAAAAGUGCUGGAUAAAGGCAUGACAAUUCCAGAGGACAUCCUGGGAGAGAUUGCUGUGUCAAUCGUGAGGGCUCUGGAGCAUCUGCACAGCAAACUCUCCGUGAUCCACAGAGAUGUGAAACCCUCUAAUGUGCUCAUCAAUAAGGAGGGCCAUGUGAAGAUGUGCGACUUCGGAAUCAGUGGCUACCUAGUGGACUCUGUGGCUAAGACAAUGGAUGCCGGCUGCAAGCCCUACAUGGCUCCGGAAAGAAUCAAUCCAGAACUCAACCAGAAGGGCUAUAACGUCAAGUCCGAUGUCUGGAGCCUCGGCAUCACCAUGAUUGAGAUGGCCAUCCUUCGGUUUCCUUAUGAGUCCUGGGGGACCCCGUUCCAGCAGCUGAAGCAGGUGGUGGAGGAGCCGUCCCCCCAGCUCCCAGCUGACCGUUUCUCCCCUGAGUUUGUGGAUUUUACUGCCCAGUGCCUGAGGAAGAACCCCACGGAGCGCAUGAGCUACCUGGAACUGAUGGAGCACCCUUUCUUCACCCUGCACAAAACCAAGAAGACAGACAUUGCUGCCUUCGUGAAGGACAUCCUGGGGGAGGACUCCUAGGGGAGGGGGCGCUUGGAGCCCCUCAGCCC